CUCUUGUUUUCUCUCUCUAAAAUUAUAACUCCCUUUUUUUCUUUUCUUUCUUUUUCCCUCUAUCAUAUUAUGCUUCACUCCUUCACGUUUCUUUGAUCAUUCUUGUAUUAUUCACACCCCAGCAAAUGCAGUUUCCGAAGCUCGUUCUGAAAACCCGUUUUCUGGGAAACUCAUUUUCUGGGUUCUAAAAACAGGAAAGAAGCAGAGAAACAGAGUGGUUGACUUGAUUAAUCGAAAUAUGAAGCCUUCUUAUUUUCUAUCUUUACUUGUCGAUUCACACAGUAGGAGAUCUUGCUUUUGUAGCCUUAUCCCUGCAGCUUCUUUGCUUUGUCUAGUUUAUUUCAUAGGGAGUGCAUUUAUAGCACCAGAUUACAAAGAGAAGUUAUCACUUUGGGGAGUCACUGAUACGCUGCAGAAUUUUAAACUAAACAAAUGCAAGAAUCAAUGUAGACCUUCUGGAAGUGAGGCGUUACCUGAAGGUAUUGUCUGCAAGACUUCUAAUUUGGAAUUCCGGCCAUUAUGGGGUUCUCCAAAGAAAAUAGAAAGCUCUUCAGUUAACUUAUUCGCUGUGGCGGUUGGGAUAAAACAGAAAGAUCUUGUCAAUAAAAUGGUCAGAAAGUUUCUAUCCAGUAAUUUUGUUGUAAUGCUUUUCCAUUACGAUGGUAAUGUCGAUAAGUGGAAGACUUUUGAAUGGAGCGACCGUGUCAUACACGUAUCUGCGGUCAAUCAGACGAAAUGGUGGUUUGCAAAGCGUUUCUUGCAUCCUGAUAUAGUUGCUGAAUAUGAUUACAUUUUCCUUUGGGAUGAGGACCUUGGAGUUGACAGUUUCGACCCUAAACUGUAUAUUUCCAUUGUUCAAAGUGAAGGGCUGGAGAUAUCACAGCCCGCGCUUGAUCCAGUCAAAUCAGUGGAGCUGCAUCAUCAAAUAACUGCACGCGGGAGAAGAUCAACGGUGCACAGAAGAACUUACAAGCAUGGGAAGGGUUGUGAUGAGAACAGCAAAGCUCCUCCAUGCACCGGAUGGAUUGAAAUGAUGGCCCCAGUUUUUUCAAGAGCUGCGUGGCGAUGCGCAUGGUUUAUGAUCCAAAAUGACUUGAUCCACGCAUGGGGCCUAGAUAUGCAGCUUGGUUACUGUGCACAGGGUGAUCGAACUAAAAGUGUCGGUGUCGUUGAUGCUGAAUAUGUAGUUCACCAUGGUCGGUCUACAUUGGGAGGUGGAGAUGGAAAUAAGACUAAAUCUUCAGCAAAGAACCGGAUUUAUGGAAGAAAGAACAUCACAAGCAUGGAAAUUUCGCCACCACUUCAUUCCCAUUCCCAUUCCCAUCCAAAGGACCACAGAGCCGCUGUGAGGAGGCAAUCGUAUAUAGAAUUGGAUAUCUUCAAGAAACGAUGGGUGAAGGCCGUACAAGAGGACAAAUGUUGGGUUGAUCCAUACCAAUAACCACUAAAGAAGAGCAUAGAAUAUUAUCUAUAUGAUAUGCACUUUCUAAAAUCCUUGCCAAUAAUGUAGCACAGCAAAGAUGUUGUAGAGAGAAAUCAUAACAUGGAGAGACAUAAACAGGUAUUGAUGGUUAUACAUAUAGCUUUACCUUUAUUUAUUUAUUUAUUUAUUUUGUCUGUUCAGUUGAGUUAAAUAAUCACCCUAUGUCCCUAUUGUAAAUUUUUCAUUUUUUUUUUCACUUCUAUAAUUUCUCAUGUACAUAUUAUAGAUACAAGUAAGAAAGGAAAUAAAUACCAUGUUUUUCA